CAGAGGUGCAUGAGUAGUCUCUGCUAGGAGGAAGGGGGAAGGGCUCCCUCCGAGUGUAUGGCCUGCUCCGUCCCGUGGUUCGCGCAAAGGUCUGCAUGCAAGAAAUUACGAUGCUUACCGCGACGCCGCAGCGAUGGAAGCUGACACUUGGAGGUAUGCGUCUACUCACAACCAGAUUGAGCAUCUACAGUGUAAACAAGACAUGCAUGCGAAGGGCCUAACGUCUAAGGAGUAAGGAGCAACGAGUAAGGAGGAGAGAAUAAAAGCCAAGGACGACAUGGGGGAGCUGAGGGAAGGGCCGAGGAAGUAUAGCAAACAAGCCAUCAUCAAGCCAUUUCUCAUCUGGCCUCGUCUGUUCUUCAUCCUCCUCUCCUUCAUCUUCAUCUUCAUCUUGAUUUCCAUCUCCAUUCUCAUCUCCUUCUUCUGCCCCCUGAAGAGCCGAAGAUGGUGGCUCACGCAGAUCUGGGGUGGAGUGGUCGGUCUGCGAACCAAACGGAGUCUGGGCAGGGAUGGUGAGGGCGGUUCUCGAAGCAUUCAGAGGAUAGCGAGGAUAGCAAAACGGCGCAGACUACCGGAUUGGGAUAGUAUCAUCAUCAAUGUUUGAUGGUGCGGGAUGGUGUGAGGGACGCGACGGUGAGAGAGAAGAGAAAAGCUGGAUGACAGGUUGACGUUUCUCGCGGCCAAAACUAGGCUCAAAAACAUCCAGCCAAUCACAC